UUGUUCUCCUUCCACUGUACCAAGACCCGGGCAUUACAGGCACCCUCGUCGUGAUUACAGAGAUUGGCUCGCGCUACCCGAUCGACACUCAGUCAUUAACUAUGCAACAAGACGACAAGAACCAUGUCCAGCCCACGGCGCUCGAAUCGGGCCAACAGUUGGCGACUAGCGAUUCUGCUCUGUCCCCCGCGCGGCGCAUUCCAGACGAUAUUCUUGCAAAGAUAUUUGUCACUGCGCUUGAACAAGAGGGGCCCCCUUCGGAACGACGCAUGGGGAAUCGGGCGUUUAUGCUCGUUUGCCACGAAUGGUCGCGGAACACCCCAUACCUAUGGACCAGCAUCACCUACACUCCCUUCCUCUCUAUGGUCAAAGUCAAAUUCUCCAAACUCGUCGAAAUGCACAUUGCCCUCUCCGGCGCGCUCCCGCUGCACAUCUACAUGUGGUCCGACUUCCCCGUCCCGAUGGUGCGGUCUCCGGACCACAUCGAUAUAUGGGACAUGCUCGUAGCCGUCUCGCAUCGCUGGGUCUCGUUUACGACGCAGAUCGAAUUCCUGAACCUCUUUGAAGGCGAGUUGGACCUACCGAUGCUCGAGUACGCCAAGAUCUGUGCUACCGAUAGCAGGAUCCCCAUACCGCCUCUCGCGUGUCUGAAGCGCGCACCCCAGCUCAAGUACGUGCACCUCGACGUACCGUGGAUGGCGGACAACGUCAGGAUCGACACCAGUCCCUGCCGCCUCACCCGUCUAUCCGUCCGACUCGCCGGUGGACGCAGGGCUCGGGACACCAUGCUGGAUCUGCUCCGGGAGUGUAGCGCAUCGCUGCGCGAGUUCUCCUGCGUCUGGGAGUGGGUCGAAGGGCCAUCCGACGCGGCUUCCUUGGGCCCACCCCUCCUGAUGCCCGCGCUGGAGUGCAUGAAAGCGGCCACCAUAGGGCACCAGAUUCUGGCGUGCCUGGCUGCUCCCGCGCUCAAGCGCCUCGUCCUCGACAUCGCGCUCGAUCCGUGGGAGUGGCUCCUGUGCAUCGUGCGCAACGGCGACGCGGGCCGCUCGCUGCGCGAGCUUGACCUCGGCCUCCUCACACCGCAACUUCCUACCCUUGAUCCCGUGCUGGACAUCCUGCGCGAGCUCGACGCGCUGGACACCCUCCGCAUCUGCGACUACGGGCGCCCGUGGCCAGUCUCGCUUCCCGGCCGACUGGUCGAACCGUUGACGUGUGGGAAGGGCGACGAGGCCGACAAGCCUUGGCUGCCGAACCUCCGAUGCCUUCAUACCUUGUUCUUCAAGAGCGAGACGACCGUGGACGAGAUACUCAAGGCCUUCUAUCCGCUCCGCGUAUCGCGAGCCGUGGAACGGAGCGUCGCGGGCUGUCUGGUCAAGCGAAUGCAGGAAGUUUCCUACUUCCAAUUCACCAAUGAUAAUGUAGAUAUCAGCGGCUCUCGAGCGUACCCUUGAUUGGGGCUGAAGGACGGUAGCGAAUAUUAUAGAACAUGAAUGCCUCGU